GUCAUAUGAUCGGUUCGGUGGUUUCAGAAUUCGGAAAUCACUGGGUUAGGAUAGAGCUCUGAAAUAAAACCCUUUAUUCAAGUGAAUUCGCCUUUACAGUAGUGAAAAAAUGUUAAAGAUCAUAUUCCUCGCGGUUUUCGCCAUCGGCACAGUUCUGGCCGAUGGAGAGCUCAUCAUUCUUAAUAAUCCUGCUAGUGUUCAAUUCGAGGGGUCGCAGAUCAUCAACCAGAGCUUCCUGAAGGAAGUUUUCACUGUUGUUCUUGGAUACACACCCAAAUUAACUCAACCGUGGGAUGGAGUCACAAUCAGAGAUCCUUUCGCCCUACCAGAGGCACUCGUGAGCAUUGCUAUUGAGGGAGUGGAGUCUGUGAAGUCACCCAGGGGUAAACAUUUCCCUCUGAAUGUCGACGAAGUGGAGGAAACCACUUGGCAGGCUGUCUCUCGUCGUCUGGAGGAACGAGAUAAUAAUAAUACUCUCGUUAGGAUCUGCGUUGGUGAUGGUCUUGAUGCUUUGGGUCAAUCCGCCCUCGGGGAACUCAAGCCAAACCCGGUGGACGCGUCCUCCCUGAAGCACCUUAGCCUCAGCAACGAGGAAGACCAGAAAUUCAUCGAGGAGCUCCAGCUGCUCCGAGCUAUUGCCCAGAAGAUUCCCUCGACCGUCACUGCCAACUCCAAGCCAGACGUCUACUGGUUCGUGGUUUCCGGGCUUCGACCAGUGAUGGACCUCCACGGGAAGGACUCAGAGGCCACCAAGGAGGCCCUCAAGCUCCUCAACGACGCUGUCAACGACGUCUCCAACGCCUUCACCGACAUCUACAACGGCCAGGUCGUCGUCGCAGUCUUCACUAAUGAUGCCAAUAAACUGCGCAACACCAGGUCUGUGGAGUCACGUGUGCGGAGGGAAGAGAAAGCAGGAGAACUCGAAAAUUUGGACGCAGCUGCCCAAAACUUCACCGAUACUUUGAAUAAAAUCGACAAGAGCAUACAAAAGCUGGAGAAUGAUACCGAGGGGCUCGUUGAGCAAAUCAACGAUGUAUUGGAAACAACGACCCGAGACUCUGAGAAAUCGACCACUGAGUCUGAUUUGAAAGAGCGGAAACACGAGAUUCACUCGAUGCAUAGUAGUGAAAAUGAUUAUGAUCCUGGAAAGCCAAUCACGCUGAGACUCUCCAAGAGGUACUCAGCUAAUUAUCCUGUUAUUUUCAACAUCUUCCUGUGGUUCGGGGUCGUUUUCUUCUUCUCUCUUCUCGCUAUUUGCAUUGCCAUUGCCGGAAUGGAUCCAGGCCGCGACUCCAUAAUCUACAGAAUGACUUCCAAUAGAAUGAAGAAAGAUAACUAAACUCCAAGUUAUCCUCAUAACAUUAAUUAUCACCUAACAGUCGACAAUGUCAUGAAGACAUCGCAGUUGCUUGUGUUUGCUGAAAAAAACAUACGUUGAGUGUUAAGCACAAGUUCAUUGUCGUUGUAAAUGCAAUAUCGAGUAUUUUAUCGUGUAAAUUACCCUGUAGAAACAUCAUCUAUUCAAUCAACUGACUAAUUUAGAGAAAAUAUCGUGUGUCGAGGACAGGGCUCAGUGCAUUCCUUUAUACGAAUCGAUUAUUCAAAAUAAGACAGAACGAAGAAUUAAUAGAUUGAGGAGAACCCGCUGAUAUACAUAGCCAAAAUUAAUUGAACAAUUUAAGGUGAAUCACGUGGUUGUUAAUUAAUAAAUGAAGAAACCGAUAAUUCGUUAAUGAAACGAUAAAUAAAUUGUUUUUUGUUAAAUAGAGAAUAAUCUCGUUGUGGAAAAUGUUAAAAGAUAUUUUUUGUACGGAAUUUCAUCAGCUGAAAGAAGAUCUUUUGAUAUUUUCUUUUAAAAUCACUUAUUUUCAAGAUGAAUGUCACAGUUUUGUGAGAGAUUUAUUUAAUUACUUCAGUUGUGAAAUUAUUUCGUUAACGAGUAGAUUUAAGGGAAAAUGCCAAAAGACAUUUUUCGUCCAAAAUUUUAUCAGCUACAAAAAAGCUAUUCUGGCAUUUUCUCCCAAAAUCACUCGUUUUCGAGAUAAAUAGGGCUAACUGUCAAGACUUUUUUCUGUUCACUUCACAACUUCACUAAUGAAUUACUUCAAGCUUUAAAUUUAAUUGCUACUUAAAAUGUUUACUAUCUACGUUAAAAAAAUAGAAAGAAAGAUGUGCAUACAUGUGUCUAGUGAUAUGGAGUCACGCUUGAGUGUAAAAAUUACUGUAUCAAUCUGAUAAUAUAGAUUACGUUACUUCGAAGGUGAAA